GCAGAAUGUACUUUGGGUACUUUUAUCCACAGAACGUAGAUUCUGCGUUCGGUGGCACUUAAAGGGUUAAUUACUGGUAGUCUGUCCUUAGACAUUUCAUUGAGCAGUCUGCCCCAGGUGUUCAUUGCAUAGCCUGCCCCUCAGCAUUUUAUGGUACAGUCUGCCCCCUCCCCCAGGCAGUUCAUUGCACAUGGCACAGUCUGGCCCAAGCAUUUCAUGAGACAAUCUCUGCACAAAAGACUGCUCCUCUCCAGGCAGCUACAGGUCAUACCUGCUACAUGGAAUCUACUCCCUUUUCAACACAGAGCUCUUUCACACCAGACCACAAUCCAUUAGGUUCCUAUUUCCUCUUCCUCCUAACCCUGGGAGGAGUCUUCUUCUCAGCCCUCAAUGGAAACAGCACAAUGAUGACAUCAUGUGGAAGACAUUAAGCAGCAGCCAUUACUGCAGUGCACAGUGAACCCAUGUUUUCCCAGAGUACGUUGCAUCAACACUUCUCCUGGCUUCCACUGUGAACCCUGCCCUAUUGGUUAUAUAGGGAAGAACGUAGAUGGCAUUGGAUUGGAGUAUGCAAGAGCUAAUGAGCAGAUGUGUGACGAUUUAAAUGAAUGUGAGAGUGAAGCAAACCCCUGUCCUGCCAACUCUUUGUGCACCAAUACCAAGGGUUCCUACAAAUGUACCCUCUGCAAGGCAGGCCAAGGGGGGGCCUGCGAAAGUGAAAAAAGGUGUCCCAAUGGAGAGAUAAGCAAGUGUCAUGAAAAUGCUGACCGCAUCAUGGAAAGGGAUGGUUCCAUAGUAUGCGUGUGCGCAGUUGGGUGGGCGGGAAAUGGAUUAUUGUGCGCAAAGGACACAGAUAUUGAUGGAUUUCCUGAUGAAAAGCUGAGGUGUAAUGAGGUUAAAUGUAAAAAGGACAACUGUGUAACAGUCCCCAAUUCUGGUCAGGAAGAUGCCGACAGAGAUGGUGUUGGAGAUGCUUGUGAUGAUGAUGCUGAUGGAGAUGAGAUUCCUAACAUGCAGGAUAACUGUGUUUACGUACCCAAUCUGGACCAAAAUAAUGUUGACCAGGAUGACUAUGGGGAUGCUUGCGAUAACUGUCGUAAUGUUAAGAAUGAUCAGACAGAUACAGACCAGGAUGGAAAAGGAGAUAUCUGUGAUGAUGAUAUGGAUGGAGACAAAAUUAAAAAUACAGUCGACAACUGUAAGAAAGUUCCCAACUUUGACCAGAAAGACACUGAUGGGGAUGGUGUAGGAGAUGUUUGUGACAGUUGUCCAACGAUCAGGAACCCAGACCAAUCAGAUGCUGAUCAUGACCUGGUUGGUGAUGUCUGUGAUACCAACCAAGAUAGUGAUGGCGAUGGUCACCAAGACACAACUGACAACUGCCCUUUAGUAAUCAACAGUGACCAAGUGGAUAGUGACAAGGAUGGAGAUGGAGAUGAGUGUGAUGAGGAUGAUGAUAAUGAUGGCAUUCCAGACACUGCUCCCCCUGGGCCUGAUAACUGCAGAAUUGUACCUAAUCCUGACCAGGCCGAUUCUGAUGGCAAUGGUGUUGGAAAUGCUUGUGAAGGGGAUUUUGACAAAGAUUUAAUUAUCGACAAGGUUGACGUUUGUCCAGAAAAUGCUGAGAUCACGCUGACCGAUUUUAGGGCCUACCAAACUGUUGUUUUAGAUCCUGAAGGUGAUGCCCAAAUUGAUCCAAACUGGAUUGUUUUAAAUGAGGGAAUGGAAAUUGUACAGACAAUGAAUAGUGACCCAGGACUUGCUGUGGGCUAUACUGCAUUCAAUGGAGUGGACUUUGAAGGAACAUUCCAUGUUAACACAGAAACAGAUGAUGAUUAUGCUGGAUUUAUCUUUGGCUAUCAGGACAGUUCUAGCUUCUACGCUGUCAUGUGGAAGCAGAUGGAGCAAACCUAUUGGCAGCUCAAUCCAUUCCGAGCAGUGGCUGAACCUGGGAUUCAGUUAAAGGCAAUUAAAUCAACCACAGGACCAGGAGAACACCUGAGAAACUCAUUGUGGCACACUGGUGAUACUGUUAACCAAGUGAAGCUGCUGUGGAAAGAUCCCAGGAAUGUAGGCUGGAAAGAUAAGACCUCAUAUCGUUGGCUCUUACAGCACAGACCUUCAGUUGGAUAUAUUAGAGUGAAGUUCUUUGAAGGUCCUGAACUAGUUGCAGAUUCUGGAGUUGUCCUGGAUACCACGAUGAGGGGAGGCCGCUUAGGAGUCUUUUGUUUCUCCCAGGAAAAUAUCAUUUGGUCAAACUUGCGAUUUCGCUGUAACGAUACCAUCCCCAAUGAUUAUGAGAUGUUUAAAGAACAGCUGAAGAAACUUUAAUUACAAGCAGUCACACAAUUGUGUUUCUUUAUACCCAUCCCUCAUCAGUUACUAGCGCCUACUCUCCAGGACCCAUCAAAGCACAUUGACUGUUGAUAAUCUCACUUCUUUUAUCUUGACAUGCUAAAUCAUUUAGGCUCACCAUAUUAAAGGUGUUGACUAUU